UAUAGAUAGUGCAAGGCAAGAGCCAUGUCGAACGGCGUGUUGUUCCUGGUGACGGUGCCGUCCGCCGAAUACGAGGAGCAGGUGGCUGCAGCAGGCCAGGUCGAGCCACCUCCCAUGCGGCUGCGCAUGCAGAAGGUUGUGGAAGAUUUGAUAGAGACAAAGCACAUUUAUACUUGUGCUUGGUCUGAAUGCCAGGGCGGAAACUACAAACAGGCUACAUUUACUUUGGAGCCUGGAGACAAGUGUGAUGACAUUUUGAAUGAACUAAGUGAAUGGGGAAUUGGAUCAAGACAUCAUUCAAGUGUAAGUGUCAUACCGUGUUCCCUCCACUGGACAGUAGAUGACCCAUCAUCUUAUGGACCCAAUCCUUCAGGAGCAAAAGAAAGCAAAGAAGAUAUUUCUACAUGGAAUCGUUUAGUGGCAUCUGUGAAAGCACGGAUAACUGUUGCUGAAGUUGUUGAGGGAGUUAAAUCGGAUGCCUUACUUACAUUCGACUUUUUGGUUCUGUUAAUAAUUGCAGGACUGAUUGCAGCUCUUGGUCUAAUAGAAAAUAGCACUGGGAUUCUGGUAGCCAGUAUGCUAAUAUCACCAUUAAUGGGCCCUAUAAUGGCUGGUACUGUUGGAACAAUGAUCAAAGACAAAGAACUGAUGAAGAUGGGCAUAUUAAAUGAAAUAUUUGGUCUAUUAAUUUGCUUAUUAGAAGGCUUUAUUUGUGGAAUAGUGGUUGGAUUAGUAGCAGAACACUUUGCUCUUAACAGAUGGCCAACAGUGGAAAUGGUAACAAGGGGAGAACUUCAUUCAGUUUGGGUUGGAAUGGUAAUUGCACUUCUGUCCGGAGCGGGUGUUGCCAUUUCUGUGUUAGGGGACAAUAUUGCCUCACUAGUAGGUGUAGCUAUAUCUGCCUCCCUCCUUCCACCAGCUGUAAAUGCAGGCCUUCUGUGGGCACUAACAUGCAUACAUUCGAGUUACGGAAGUGUGCCCCAAGUGAAGAUGCCUCAUACAUAUGCAGAUCAUCCUGUAACUGAGCUUGGAAUUAUGGGUGCAAUAAGCCUCUGCUUAACAUUUGUAAACAUUGUAUGCAUUUUUGCUUCUGCCAUUGUCGUACUCAGGUUGAAGGCAGUUGCACCAAGUACCUCCGCAGCCCAAAAGAAGUUCUGGACUCAUGAUGUGAAGUUAGCACAGGAGUAUGACAGGACAAACUAUGGUGAUGAAGCAAAAGCCCUAGGCAGGAAGUUGGUUAAUGAUAUUGCUAAGGUUUCUGGAGGUCACAGAAGAACUUCCACUGACCUCCGAGCACUUGCAGGUUUAAAUCUGUUUCACAGGGGUGCAGAUAUCCGAAGGCAAUCACAUUUUAGUACAAUGUACAACCAAUGUACUUGGUCACCUACAGCAUUAAGGGAAACUGUUCAGCAAUCAUCACUUCAAGACUUGUAUGGCAUUUCAUAUGCCUCACCUUCCAGUCCAAAAGUUACAAUUACAGUGGGAAGUCCAGAUGAGGCUUCAAGAUGUCUUUCAGUCAUUGCUGAGGACUCAAGUAUUCCACCAUCCCUUGCAUCAUCAAGCCAUUCACUUGCAAAUGGAAAUAAAUGGAGACAUAGUCAGAGGUUUAUGGUGACAGUGGUGGAAAAUGGAGAAGAUAAACAAUUGAAACAGUGAAGUGGGAAAGCAGUUAAAUUUUAAAAAUAUAUUUUAAAGCUUACCUUUUCAAUAUAACUCAUUAUUCAUUAAAACAUAUGUUUACAAUAGUUUUUAAACCAAAACUUUUUAUGUGGCAAAAUAAAAAUACCAAUUUUAUGUUUCUGUUAUUAUAAAAACUGUAAAUGUAUAAAAAGAAAAACUUUAGAAAAGUAAAUGGUUUAAUGUUUACUCUCAUGCUUUCAAAUUCAAUAUUGCAUAUUAAGAAUAAAAUCUUAACGCUAACAGCUGUGGCCAA